GGACGGACGCGACGAUGGUGGUGGUGGCGACCGCGAGCCCCGGCGGGCCCGAGGCGCUGCAGGUGUGCGAGGUCGAGGACCUCCCGGCGCCGGGGGAGGGCGAGGUGCUUGUCGGGGUGGCCGCCGCCGGCGUCAAUCGCGGCGACACGGUCCAGUGGCAGGGCCGGUACCCGCCGCCUCGCCCGACCCGGGGCUCGAGUGCUCCGGCACCAUCGUCGCUCUCGGGGCCGCGCUGGGCCGUCGGUACCAGGUGUGCGCGCUGCUUACCGGCGGCGGGUAUGCAGAGAAGGUGGUGGUUCCGGCAGGGCAGCUGCUCCCGGUGA